AGUACACAGAUAAGACAAUCUUUUAUGGUCUCCCUUGGGAGAAAUUUAUCUUGGGACAGGGGUCACAUGCUUCAACACAGAAAAGACAUCACAGCCACAUAAAUAAUCCAGGGCACAUCCAGAUUCUGGAGCCAGACUUCGAAAUGUCACUAUCCGGAUGGGUGUGUGUGGUGACGGGUGCUUCCAGAGGCAUUGGCAAAGGUAUUGCCUUGCAGCUAUCUGAAGCUGGAGCCACUGUCUACAUUACCGGGCGCUGCGAGAAGACACUGAAUGAGUGCGCUGCUGAGGUUAUAGAAAGAGGCGGCAAUUGUGUGCCAGUUAAAUGUGACUCUACAAAAGACCAAGACAUUGAAGAACUCUUCGAACAAAUUAAACGUGAACAACAUGGCAGACUGGACAUUCUGGUCAAUAAUGCCUACGCAGGAGUGCAGACUAUUUUUGAUAAUAUGGGAAGAAAGUUUUGGGAAACUGAUACAAGUGUGUGGGAUACAAUCAACAACACAGGUCUCAGGGGGCACUAUAUCUUCUCUGUAUUUGCCUCACGUUUAAUGGUGGCACAAGGUCAUGGUUUGAUAGUCACCAUUUCAUCUAUGGGUGGGUUGCGCUAUCUUUUUAAUGUUGCAUAUGGAGUCGGUAAAGCAGCAUGUGACAGACUGGCAGCUGACAUGGCCUUUGAGCUCAAAAACCGAGGAGUAGCUUCUGUGAGCCUCUGGCCGGGAGCAGUGCAAACAGAACUGAUCUCACAGUUUGUAAUGGAGAAAGAUGUAACACAGGGUAUUGAUCCAAAGAUGAAAGAUGUGUUUGUCAAUGGGGAAACUACUGAGCUGAGUGGGAAGUGUAUCGUCAACCUGGCAAAAGAUAAAAAUCUGAUGUCCUUGACUGGCAAAAUUCUCAUGACUUCUGACCUUGCACGUCGAUAUGGGAUCCAAGAUAUUGAUGGGCGCAGUGUGACUGAUUAUACUUCCCUAAAAUUUCUCCUGGCACAGGUUCCUUACCUGUCAUGGCUCUCACCUGUGGUUCCAUCUUUCAUAAGAUUGCCACGCUUUGUGUUUGCUUUGGCCAGCAGUCGCUUCUAAGAUGAGCCCAGUUAAUCUACACAUGCAACACUUGACUGACUCUUGCACUUUUUGGUGUUCGUUUAUUAAUUCUAGCUAUCUCAUAUCAAUGAAAGAAGUUUUCUAUGAAGGAUGCACAAUUGUAGCACAUAUAGUAUGAUUAUUGUUUGCACAGUUUUAAAAAGACUAAGUAGAACUGAUAUAAAUAAUUGUUGAAAAUGUAAAAA